GGAUUUAAGGGGACGGGUGGGCCCUUGUCAGAUGUGUGCUCUCUACUGAGCCUACAUGCUGAGACUCUGAACCUGAAGCAGCGAUGGCUGGAUGGUGGAGCUACAUGCAACUGCACACCAAGGCCACUAGAUAUCACUGCUAUCACACCGCAGUGCCUCCACAGCCCUCACCUAGAGCCUGUCUGCUCUGAUGCUGCAGGUAAACUGAUGGAGUGAUGGGGAGUAGCCGUGUUUUCUGCUUUCACAUAUCUUCCCGUCACCUGGGAUGAUGUUUCAAGUGCAGCAGAUGUUUUGACCGUGAUCUCGCGUGCAAUGCAGAGAAUACAGAAUGUUCCCACUUCUCGUGUGUUUUGCAUGAAAUCCAAGCUCGUUCAUUCACUGUCACAAAUCUGUUUCACGCAAUCCUCCGUCUGUCACUCAACACCACGCUUCCUCCUCCUCCUCCUUGCUUGGCAUCAGCUUUGGUGUGAGCGUGCACGUGUGCGCGCCCACCCUGUUCCAGCUGCUCCCUGUGAAAACAUCUCUGGCACAAAGCAGCCGCCUCGACGCGCAUCUCGUCCCCCCUCUCUCCCUUCGUCUCCUCGGGGUUUAUCUCUGUCUCGCAGGCUCCGGUGACGGCCUUUAAUCGUUCGUCUCAUCCUGCCGUUAGAAUGAGUCGCGGUGAAAUGCCGUCCCGCCGUCGCUAGCCAGGCGGACAAAUUCCUUCAACCAGCCCGCUGCUCGCUCCACUCACUGCGGGGUUGGCACCACAUUAGCAGAGGCGUCGCUGGGUGAGCUAGCCGGGACUAGCUAGCUAGCGUUCGUGGCCGUCACGUCUGUUUUAGCUAACGUUAGCUAACGUGGUUAGUUGCCGAGCGGAGGGUCGUGCAGUAACUAUUAUCACGUAUGUUAGCUUACUAGCGAGGACUACCACUUUCCCCAGCGUGUACUAGCUAGCCAGCGUUGCACAGAAAUCGACCGUUAACGGGGGUUUGGAUGUCGCGACACUGCCGGUUUCGAACCACGGACUGCGAAGACAGAAUUGGUGCACAGCGACAGGCGGUACCGAGGUAGAACCGGACCACAGAGCGAUAAGAGGGGGUUCAUGGUGUGAAGCGGGUAUCAAGUGGCUAAUCUGUUGCAGGCAUUUUUUUUUUAACAUUAGCCCCGCGCUACGGCAGAGCAUCUCAGGGAGGCCCCGCCGUCUCCCGACUCCCCUCCCCAUCCCGAGUCUCCAGCGAUCUGACGAGAUCACCCGGGUGAAGUCGCAGUUGUUCCCGGCCGGGGGGGCAACUUGACAGCGAGGCCCCUUUAGCUUAGUCUCCCCUCCCCCUCCGCCCCAGUCCCGUCCAUCCAUCCUCCCUUCCUUCAAUCCGUCCAGCCCCGACAGACCGCCUCCUCCUCGCCCGAGACAGACAGCGAGGGACCGGGGGAUAAAAAAGCAACAAAAAAAUAAAUAAGCAGCGAACCGCGGGCAAGUGUUAGUCGGGUCCCGUCUGAACCGGGCUGCCACAAUCAGAGGGGAUGACUCUGGAGUCCAUGAUGGCUUGCUGCCUGAGCGAAGAGGCGAAGGAGUCGAAACGAAUCAAUGCAGAAAUUGACAAACAACUCCGCCGAGACAAGCGAGACUCCCGGAGAGAGCUGAAAUUACUGCUUCUCGGUACGGGAGAAAGUGGCAAGAGCACCUUCAUCAAGCAGAUGAGGAUCAUCCAUGGAGCCGGAUACUCAGACGAAGAUAAGAGGGGCUUCAUCCGGCUUGUUUACCAAAACGUCUUCACCUCCAUGCAGGCCAUGAUCCGUGCCACAGAGACCCUCAAAAUCCCGUACAAAUAUGAACAGAAUCGGUCUAAUGCCAUGCUUGUGAAGGAGGUGGACAUUGAGAAGAUCGCUGGGUUUGACAAGCCCUACAUUUCAGCUAUCAAAAGCCUUUGGUCCGACCCGGGGAUCCAGGAGGCCUAUGACCGCCGCAGAGAGUACCAGCUGUCUGACUCUACUAAAUAUUACCUUAGUGAUAUAGACCGUGUGACUGCGGAGGGAUACGUUCCCACCCAGCAGGAUGUGCUGAGGGUCCGUGUUCCUACAACGGGUAUAAUAGAGUACCCAUUUGACCUGGAGAACGUCAUCUUCAGUUAUCUUACCGAUCUGGAUCGUAUUGCUGAUUGCGGCUAUCUUCCCACGCAGCAGGAUGUGCUCAGGGUGCGCAUCCCCACUACAGGAAUCAUAGAGUACCCCUUCGACUUGCAAAGCAUCAUUUUCAGGAUGGUGGAUGUAGGGGGUCAGAGGUCCGAGAGGAGGAAGUGGAUUCACUGUUUUGAGAAUGUCACCUCCAUUAUGUUUCUUGUGGCGCUGAGCGAGUACGACCAGGUCCUGGUGGAGUCGGACAAUGAGAACCGUAUGGAGGAGAGUAAAGCUCUGUUCAGGACUAUCAUUACCUACCCUUGGUUUCAAAACUCCUCCGUCAUCCUCUUCCUCAACAAGAAGGACCUGCUGGAGGAGAAGAUCUCCUACUCACACUUGGUGGACUACUUCCCCGAGUUCGAUGGUCCCCAGAGAGAUGCACAGGCAGCGCGGGAGUUCAUCCUCAAGAUGUUUGUGGACUUAAACCCCGACAGCGACAAGAUCAUCUACUCCCACUUCACUUGUGCCACGGACACUGAGAACAUCCGCUUUGUGUUUGCAGCUGUCAAAGACACCAUCCUACAGCUCAACCUCAAAGAGUACAACCUGGUGUGAGGGCUCACGUACGACGCACAUCUCCUCUCCCAUUGCACAAAUGCACACCUCUCCCGGAGUGUGCGCUCAGCUCCACAUGCAUCAAACAACACACCAUGCCGACUCACACACAGACACACACUCACGCACACAAAUACACACACAGGACCCCUCCUUUCCUCCCCCAGUGCAGUACAUUCACAGAUCCUCCCAUCUGCAAAUGCCGCCCCUGCUCUUUCACCAAAGCUCACCCUCUUCUACUUCACUUGGCAGCUUGUUGUGUCAGAAUCCUCGCUCCUCGCAAAGCUGCUCUGUGUGUCAGAUAAGGCCCCGGCUGCUGGCUCUAGCACAUUUCAUCUGGCACACAAACCUUUACACGGGCUGUACAGUGACUGAAGGGGACUUUGGUGUGUGUGCGUCUGUGUGUGCGUUUGUGUUUGGGGCAGCAUUGACUGGCAAGGAGCUGUGUUUGGGCGACUAGUGGCAUCACACCUCUUUUGCCCUACGGUGUUGACGGUGAGGUGGCGGUGUGAGAUCAGAUCCUCUGUCAUCUCCUUUAUGAGCUCCUGCCAGCGUGGAAGGAAUUGAACACUGCAUCUCCUGAAAACACCAGAGGACCAGUGGCUGGUCGCUGAAGGACAGAUACUGCAGAGCGAGUCGGACAGGAUGUGAGGACACAAGGGGAUGAGGCUGAUGAUUCUGUCUCCACCUCGCAUCUAUGAAUGUACCCAUCAGAGUGAGCAUCGCAGUUGAAAAGAAAAAAAUAGAAAUAUAUAUUAUGAUGUAAAUGCAUAUAUAAACACACUUAAGACAAAAAGCAUGAGAGGGCAAGACAUAGCUAAUCAAAAUUUAUUCAUUGCUGAGAUUUUUUAAAUGUUUUUAAUGAUAGAGAUCUGUUGCUACGUCUACUUCUAUUUAAUGGAUAAUGGCUACUUGGGAUGGCGAUAAGAAAAGGGGAGAAAAUCUAUUAAAAAAAUGUUUAAACGAAGACAUCUUAAAAAGACGCAACCAGAAAUUUACUUGACAUAAGGAUCAUUUUAAGAUUUCUGUAAUUUUAAGUUAAUCACAUGGCUUCCCUCCAGAUGUUUUCUGUAUGGAUUCAUAUGGACAAUCUUCCAUGUGACCUCCGCACUGAUAUACAACAACCCCCCCCACCCCUUAGUACAAAAACACCUGCAGCGAGUGAGAGGACCCUGCUCGUCACACAGGCGCUGCUCUGAUUGGUGGAGGCGGAUAUAGAGGGUAAUGCGAUGUCAUCAGUGCGCAUCACUCCACAGAGCACAUCUGCAGCUCUGGCUGCAAGUAGCUUAUUCAACGAAAUAGAAGCUGUAAUUUAAACGGGCCCUGGGUGUGUGAGUAGAAUCCAUGUGGUAACAUCACUGAUGACGUCACACCUUGCGUCACUCAACCGUCCAAUCAGAAACACUUCCUGAUGGUGACCUAGUCAUCCAUUAUAUCGGGAUGUGCCUCUGCUAAAAAUUUUUUUUUUUUUACUGUAUAGUCACUUUGUUUAUAAAAGUGCUGUUGAGUGGUGAGAGGAGGGGGGGGGGCUAAGAUCCUUUCACAGAAAACGCACUCUGAAGUCUGCUAAUGUUGUUUGUGUAUAUUUGUUUGUAAAUACAUAUACACAAAACACUCCUGUACAAAAAUUGCUCUGUGGUACACCAUCUUUGGCAAAAAAACAAACAAACAAAAAAAAUCUUAACUUCUUUUGUUAGCACACAGUUUUUCUUAUGGAUUUAUGGUAGUAUUGAUACUGUGAUUAUGGAUUUUGUUCACUUGAUUAAUAGGACUACGCAGAGCUGGGUGGUGCUGAGGAAACGAUCGGCACGGAGCAAUAGUCAGAGAAAAGACGUUCCUCCUAACCAGCCUCACAACUCCACACUACUGCAACAGCUCUGCCUCCAGAGUAAUACAAACUAGGGCUGGUUUAAAAAAAGAAAAAAAAAUUCUUCACAGUAUGGUGACAAGAUGAUUUUAAGAGUAAUUAAAGACUUUUUUAUUUAUCUAAUUUAUGGACCAGGUUUGAAGGUGUUGUUAAUUUGACUGCUUUUGAUUCUGUCAUGUUGAAGUGCUCCUUUUCUCACGGCGGAGCCUACUUGAGUCUGAACUGCUGUAAAAAACGAAUGUCUGGUAUAGUAAGGACUUUAUCUCUGCUUUCUAUUUCUUAUUGCGACAUUUCCAGUUGUACUUGCCAUCACAUCUCCAUCCAUCUGUAAUACUAUUUGGUUUCUUUAGAAGCCCUCACAUUUUUUUUGUUCGAUUUUUAAAAAAAACAACAAAAAAAACAAGAAACUCGUAUUUCCUCCUGGUUUAUAGACGCAGCGCUGUAAUGCAUACAUAGAAAAAUGUACAGUACGAACGUAGGUGGACUUUUUUUUAAAUCAGUGAUUGAAGACCCCUGCGGUCCAUGCUUGCUAUUUGUAAUUUAACACAAAAAAAAUUCUGUUGUCAGUUUUUUUGCAUUGUUAAUUUCCAGUUUUUUGACGCUUGCUUUGAUAGUGCCAGUGAAGUGCAGAUACUUUUUUGGUCUUUGACCUUUUCUACAGGUGACUUAUCCUUCAUCGUCAUUAAGGGCUAUCACAGUGCAUCAGGCAUCAGACAGUGGGGAGUGGGGUACAGGACCACAGUGAACCAAGUCAUCCACUUCUUCUUUAUAAAUGGAGGUUACUCGCAGUAUGUGUUAUAAGAAGUAUAGGCAGGGUGUUAAUGCAAAUAUAAGGUGUGUGUGUAGAGAGCGUUUACCGACACUAGGCAGUUUUCUUUGCCCCCCCCCCCCCUGUUACCUGUUACGCCUCUCGCAGUGUAGAAACACGUGUCACUAAAAGACACUGCUACCAGGACAAGUGUUGCGUUUUCCUCCCAAGUAUUUAAGUUGUACCUGAUAGCCAAGUAAUCUUAAUGUUCAUACUGGUGUUGGUGUAUUUUAACCCUAUAACUGCAAAUCCUAAGCUUCGUCGUUGAUUAUUUUUACAGUUUAUAGUUUGAGUUCCUAUGUUCCGGGCAGCUCCUGGUUUCUUUAAAUGCCACUAAGGUUUGUGGUUCUCCAUUUCAACCUUUUGUCAAAUUGGUUGACGUAAACAUAUCCUAGAACUGCAUCAAUCCUGAAAUCAAAGUAAGAGGAAAAACUUCCUUUUAAAUUCCAAAAUCCUGAGUUUGUUUUCAGAACACAAACACAUUCACCACUGAUGCACCGAUCCAAUAACUCUAAAAUCUCAGAGAAUCUGCUGGUACCCAGUUCUGAUGCAAAGUUUAAACUCUGCGAACCUCACUCUGAGCUGCUGUAUUGGGAUUGUUGUAUUCUUAAAUCACAGAUCAGAGAUUGCUUCGACAUUAUAAACACUACAAUUUAUGACACUGACAAAAAACCUUUCUGUGAUGAAACAAACCACAGGCUGCCUGGAAGAUAGGAAACUGAUCUUUGAAACCUUCAUUAACACGAGGUCUGAACACUAAGUUAAUGGGGCUAAAAUACAUAUUUUAAAUAAUGCCAGUGUGAUCCCGAACUGCCAUUUUGUCUGCUGUAAAUGACAACCUUGUUGCGGAGGAAGCAGACCGCCAUCCUUCAGACAGCUGUCAUAAAGAGGGCCCUGAUGCCAGUAUUUAAGUGGAACGAUUAUACCAGUAUGAUUACCCAAGUAUUUAUCAAUGGUUGUGUUGAGAUUUACUGUGUGUUGAGUGCAGCUUACUUUAAUAGUGACAAAACUGAUGUUGUAUUUUUAAAACUUGACACUACAACUCUGGCACAUGGUGAAGGGCUGACUGGCUUUUUAGUGUGGGUGUGGUAGUUUGUUGGCAGCCCGUCGUUGCAGUGUGUUUGUUAACACAUUAUCUCACCGUACGUGAGCUGGAAAGAGGGAAGGCAGUCAAAUCUCCUUGCUCUUUCGUUCUCGUCCGUUUUUCACUACAAUUCUCUCUUAUUUAUUGCCUCUCAUUGCCUUGAAUAACGACAGAUGGCGUUCCCGGCCCGUCGCGGUUUCAAAGCGUGCUCUGUGACCUGGUGGGGGCCGGUAGUUGUGGGAUGUCCCCUCCUGGGGGCUUGUUGGAUUAAGUGGAAUCAAACUUAUCCUUUGGACAUCAGUAUGAAGUCAGUGCAUUUUCAUAAACGUAACCUUGCGCCCCCCUUUUUUGGUAUGUUUUAAAUUGUUCUCUCUGUGUACGUUAAGAAGACAUUACCAGAACACUAUUAUUUAGGACCACAUGAUUUUUUUUCCCCUCACUCCAAUGAAACCUGGAGGUCAGUUGUGUAGUGUUGUAUAAAAUGCAGUUUUUCUUUCCUCUUUAUUUUGUAUGUAAACCAAAUGUAAAUUAUGUAUUAUACUGAGUGUGCCAACCCCACUCUUUAUCUAGAGCCAGGCUCUCUCUUAAGUGCCAACGCUGUGGUCAUCAUCAGAAGGACCACCCCCGAGAUGGUCUCCCCUUUUUAAAUAAAACACACCAGAGACUAAAAGGAUAAAUGAUUAAGUACAAAAACACUUUAUUCUGUAUUUAAGAUUGAAGAUUUAAAAGAUAAUCUGCUGUUUUUCUUUUUUUUUUUUUUUUUUAAGAAACUGUAAUUAUAAUUGCAUGUGCUGUUUAUUUUGUGUUGGAAGUGAGGGCUUUGAUGUUUUCAUUGAAGCAGAGCCCUUAAUAAAGGGGGUUCAAUCAGUUGGUUAUUAUCGAUUAUUGAUUUACAUAACUCUUGCCAUAUUUUUUUUAAAUGUGUUUCAUGUAUUUGUUUCAACCACUGUUGCCUGAUCCUCAUUCAAACAUGAACAUGACUUACGAUCAUUAUCGCCUUCUAAGAGAGAAACAUAAUGACAAGGUAUCUGUUUUAAAUUGAAAUAAAUUUGUUCCUAUACUUGC